AGUUGGAAAUCGAAUCUCGCGCCGCACGAAUCGAAUCUGCGGAAUCCGGGUCCGCGACUUGAACGCGGAUUUUGAUUUGUCGCCGUUGUCGUUGUCGUGGCUCUUUAAUUCAAUUGACGAUUCCGAGCUGCGGCUGGUGUGUGCUGUUUCACUUUCAACCCAGUGUCACACCUGUGCGAGUUUUUGGGCAACCGAAAAUUUGACAACUACCGCCUGUGAAUACACAAGGAAAUGUUGCUUAAAUGAAAGUUAGUUGGAGAAGAGAGUUCCAGCGGUCGGGUCUUCGGAUUUCUUCAGAUAGGGCUGCUCACGUCGACGGGGCGGAUACAAAGUCUACAUGUGUCACAACAGCAACAUCGGCAAAUAAUUUAAAUGCUGCGCGGCGGCAAUUGAAGAGGCAACAAUUAACCAAGACCACUGCAACUUAGAGGAAUAGUGGAAAAUCACUUGUAUAUAUAAAGGCGUAUAUAUAUAGAUAUUUAGCUCCUGCAACAAAAUGAAGAAUCGCCAGCGGGCACGCCGAAUAUCGCUAAAUGAAAACCACAACAAAUACUUGGGCACUGGCGGCGGCAGCAGCAUCGAUGUACAAAUAUUUACCAAUACAAAAGAACCCAAUCAAGUCAAUUUAAAUUCAUCGUCAAAGCUGCUGGCAACCACAGUAACGACGACCUCAGCGGAGGCUGCUCUUCCCGCUUCGCUUCCAGUUGCUCAGAUAGCACAGCAGCAACAUCUACAGCAGCAACAUCUACAGCGACAACAGCUACAGCAGCAACAACAGCUGAUUAUGCCGCCCACAAUGAUGAUGGGCAAAUAUUUUCCAUCGCAUGCAAAACUGAGAAAAUGCAAAUCGACACCGAGUCUCAAUUUUGAUGGGUUGGAGCCCAUGGAACCCAUGGAGGAGGACUCCCACUGUCAUCGCAUUUCCCCAUUUCCACGGAACACCGCCUCGGAGGCUAAGCAAACGCAGCAACAUGAACAACUAUCACGCAUCACCAGCAACGAAGGCAGCUGCAACAGCAACAGCAACAGCAACAGCAACAGCCACAUCAGCAACAAGUGCAACAGCAAUGCGACACCAACAACACCGGAGUCAUUGCGCUUUGGAUGCGCUCACUAUAAGCGACGGGCCAUGUUUGUGACCCCCUGCUGCAACAAGUUCUACAAGUGCCGAUUUUGCCAUGACGAGAACGAAACGCACCACUUUGAUCGCAAAACCCUCACCGAAUUGAUAUGUUCCGAGUGCAAUACGAGGCAAACGGUUCGAGAACAGUGCGAGAAUUGCGGAGUGCGAUUUGGGAAGUAUACCUGUCUGAUCUGCAACCUCUUCGACGAUGCGGAUAAGCAGCAGUACCAUUGUCAUGGAUGUGGAAUCUGUAGGAUUGGAGGAGCCGAAAACUUCUUUCACUGCGAGGUCUGCAAUAUGUGUCUGCCUAUCCAACUGAAGAUCGAUGGCCACAGGUGCGUGGAGAACAUCUCGCGAUCCCACUGCCCGGUUUGCCUGGGCGACAUCCACACCUCGCGCAUUCCCUGCCAUAUUCCCGACUGCGGCCACCUGCUGCACAAGAUGUGCUUCGACCAGCUGCUGGCCUCCGGCCACUACACCUGUCCCACCUGCCAGACCUCGCUGAUCGACAUGACGGCGCUGUGGGAGUACCUGGACGACCAGGCGGAGCGCAUGCCGGUGCCCCUCAAGUACGAGAAUCAGCGAGUGCACAUAUUCUGCAACGAUUGUCACAAGACUUCCAAAACCAAAUUCCAUUUCAUCGGACUCAAGUGCGUGCAUUGCGGCGCCUACAAUACCACGCAGGAUGUAAAGAGGCGCCUGUCCCUGGUCACCGAUGAGCCAUCCUCGGCGUGAUGUCCACCGAUUCACACCAUAUUAGCAUCAGCAUCAGCAUCCACAUUCGCAUCAGCAACAGGAAAUCUCUUGCCAUGCCACCCACAUUUGAAGAAACUAUUUUGUUUAUUGAACACAACACAACUGAAAUCGAAACGCAUUGAAUUUAGACCAAAUUCGAGCUGGUAUCGAAUAUAAACCAUACAAAAACAAACAAAAGGCUCACUAAAUUUGGGUGUGAACUCGAAAACACCUGGAGAUUUGAAAACAUUAAUUAGGUUAAUGGAAAUAGUUAGUUUCAAUAUUGUGAUAGGCCUAUAACAAAAAUUCCAUUCUUAUUGUGUUGUUAAAUCUCUAGGGAAUU